AUGGCUCACGGCCAUACGGCUCUCGGGUCAGGAUUCCAGCUUGUUGGAGGCCGUGAUAUAGCUCCUGUGACCUCACCAGCAACCGACGGCCUGCUGUCAACCUGGCCAAAGCGACCCUACGAUGACACUUCGCCGCCUCAUGACACCUCAGCCGCGGCUGCACACUUGGACGGCGACGCCAGCUCCGCAAAUCAGAGGAGAACUCGCUUAAAACGACAACAAACUACAAGCAGCAUCUCUCCUGGAGGUAUUGACCUAGACCCCGCAUCCUCUGGGCUGCAUUCCCCACCAUUUCAGCUUGGCCAAGGGUCCUCAAGCGACAGCCGGCCGUGGCAGCUGCAUCUGGAGGUCCUGGUUUCCGAAAAUCAAGAGCUAAUUAAUGGACUGGCCGCCGAACCUAGCAACAUCUCAACAGCCCAAACUGGAUCCCCAGCCCCCGCCGAUGCUGCAGCCGCUGCCUUCUCAGCCACCGGCUUGCAGGACACAGUCACACAGCCAGCUCACCACACAGAGGCGGUAUACCCGGGGCUAUUAGCAGCAGCAGCAACAACAACAACAACAACGGCAGUAGGGACUAGUCCUGGUUCUGAUCCUCUCCCACAUGCGCUACAGAGCUUCGGCGAUCAUGUGGGGUCUGUCACCGAUAUGGAGUCGGCCACCAGCAACGGCGGCGGAGGCUGCGACGGCGGGGGUGCUGGCGGCGGGGGCGGUGCUGACGGGCUGGGCUGGGCUGAGCCUGUACGGCAUCUGUACGCCAUGUUGGAUUACGUUGCAUAUCAGGAGGCGGCGGGGGCGGGGCGGCUCACGACCGUCCAGGUGGUGUGGGUCAAUCGGCCACCUGAGCUGGGAAAUCAAAUCGCUGAGCGCCUCAUCUGCAAGGCCUCGGGCAGCGCGCUGUGGCCCCGGACCCUGCGACCCAUGGGUCAUGGUGAACAUAAGGCCGCCACCGAUCGUUUGGGUGACGGCGGCGGCGGCGAAGCCGCUGCCGCAAAUCCAUCGGGUGCGGGUCCGGGCGGCCCUACAGUCCGGUCGGCAGUAGCAGUAGCAACAGCGGCAAGGGGGCGGGAGGCGGGAGGUGCUACUGCCGCCACCGGGGGCUGUGUAUUGGAACAGGGGGAACACGCAGAGACGGCGGCGGCGGAGGAGGAGCCGGGGCAUGCCGGGGGGGGAAGACGAGAAGGCGCCUCCAAUGAAGGCCCUGACGCCGCCGCCGCCGCCGCCGCCGCUGUUCUCCCGGGGGGCGCUGUGGGAUAUCCGGUUGGGGAGCAGUCGCCUGGCGGCCAUGGCGGCGGCGGCGGCGGGGGCGACUGCGGUACGAAGGUGCUGACGGCAGCGGAGGGGGCUGGGAGGCCAAGGGGAAUGGAGACGGGCGUGGCGGAGGUAUCGGCACCGCAGCAGCAGCAGCAGCCGGCGGCGGCGGCUGCUCAGCCUUCCUGGAGGAUGCUCGGCGGUGGCGACGGCGGCACUGGUGGCGGGGGCGGCGGCUGCGGCAGUUGCAAUAGCGGUGAAGGAGACGGUACGGCAGGCGACUGUCGUACGUUGGCGGAGGCCGGGAUUCUGCCGAAUAGCCACAUAGCCAUGGAAGCCGACCUGCAGCUGCCGCCUCUACACAAGCAGCUGCUGGGGGCAGUACUGCAAACACAGGUGAUGAACGCAGCUGUAGCGGCAGCAGCAGCUACUGCCAGUACUGUUACAGCUACAGCCGGGCCGACUGUCAACGACUCCAUAGCCCUUUUUCAGGGGGCCCCCUACGGCGCCACCGCAGCUGUAGCGGCAGCAGCUGUAGCUGGCCGCGGCGGCGGCUGCAGCACAGCUCAAACUCAAGUCCAUGUUCCAGCUCAAGGAGGUGGCCGGGAGGAGGAGCUGGCCGACCGCCCCCCGGCAGGGACUCUGCCCCGUGACCGCUCCGAUGGGGGGAGGGUUUCGGCGAGCAGCAGGCCCGGUGGUGGUGGUUGCGGCCCGCACAAGGAGGGCCCGCACAAGGAGCGAUUUACGUUGCAGGAGAUGGUUGCUCUGGUUAGCGGCAUCGAGCAGUACGGCCUCCGGUGGUCCCUCAUCCGCAAACACCGGAAGGAGCUCCUCAACAAGAAGCAGUUUAAGCACAACCAGCCGCCGCCGCAGCAGCAGCAGACGGGCCAGGCGAAGGGUGGUGUUGAUGUUGGUGGUGGUGGCGAGGGGGUGCUGUCCGUCUGUCCGUCUGUCCGUCAGCAGGAGGGGAAUGAUGUGGCGGGCUUUACGGGCCCUAUGGUCCCUCUGUCUCUGCCUCUGACAUUUUCUCUGCAACCCGCGGACGGGCGGACGCCGCUGCUGCCGCUUCCUAUGGCGGCGGCGCUGCCGCUGCCGCCGCCGCCGCCAGGACCAGGACCGGAAUCCGGACAAGGCUCGGAACCGGCAGCAGCAGCCGCCGCCGCCGCCGCCACCACCGCCACCACCGCCGCCGCCACUUCCCCGACGCAUGGGGGCUUGCCGGUAUUGACCCACGGGUCAAUGUUGCUGCCUGGAGUGGCGAUGGGUGUCCCAUCCGCGCAGCGGCAGCAGCAGCAGCAGCCGCAGCCAGCAGCACCCCUAGCAUUGGACAUAGAGGGUUGUCCGCUGACCGGCGGGACGCUGACGCCGGAGCAGCAGCAGCAGCUGGCGAUGGCAGUAGCGGCGGUGGCGGCCGCCGCGGCGGCGGGCACGCACCCUCACUUGCUGCAUUCGCUACAGCCGCUACAACGUCUACAGCGGCUGGCAGAGGUUAUGGCCUGA